UUGAAGUGUGCUUGCAAAGAGUGUUGCGAAAGGCUAUUUCUCUUUUUGCCUUCCAACGCAUAAAUCAAGCCCUUACCCCCACAUACUAGUUUUCACUUCUCUCACUACCUAUUCCAUUAGCUUAAGAAGUCGUCGGUCCUUAUGUUGUUGCCCGUCCCGUUUGCCAUCUGUCACUGUCAUUCAUGGGUUCACAAUCGUUCACCUCAAACCAUAGAUUUGUGUCUCAAAAUCACAGAUCUAUACAGCAUCUGUCGUUGCCAGCCAUUGCCUCUACACUGAAAGAAACUGCCAUCCGUCUCUGUGCCGACCGCUGGAAAAAAGCCAUUGAAGAUCGUCGCUGUAUCAGUCUAUCUUCCAUCGCUGUUUUCUGUUCCAGAUCGUCGUCCGCCGCUGUUCGCUGUUCCAGAUCAUUGUUCGCCACUAUUCGCUGUUCCAAAUCGUCAUCCACUACUAUUCAUUGUUCCAGAUCAGUGUUCAUCACUGUUCGUUCAUUUUUGUGUCAUGUCGCGCCAUCUGUCUCUAUUUUUGCACUGCCGUCGCCGUCACCGCCAUCUCCCAAAUCACUAUUCCAGAUCUGCAUUGCUGUUCCAGAUCUGUGACGCUGCUGUACAUUGGAGGAAGCGACGCCGUGAAGACCUCCGUUGCAGCCGUGUGUCAUUGUUGUACAGCUGAGGAAGCAACGCCUCAAAGACCUCUGCUACUGCCGUGAAGACUACACUGUGAAGGUACCUACACAAUUACAAGGUUAGGAGUGUGGAUACUAUGUUAUGAAGUUUAUGAGAGAAGUAAUCACACAACAAGAGUUGAUCAUUCCUGAAAAUGUAAGUCAAAAGCUUUGAAAUUAAGUUGAUAUAAUGUUAAUUAUUUAUAUAUUGCUUUCAUAUCUUGUGUAGCAUUUUGUUGGAGUAAGAUGUUCGCAUUUUACUAUGGAGCAAAUAGAAGAUUUAGUUAAAGAGUUGUCAGAAUAUAUUGUGGGCUGUUUGUGAUAGGAAGUUAGAUUUCAAUGUUAGAAAAAUAACAAUA